UGUGGGCGGGACGAGGAGAAGCCGGCUGCACUGCGGGCGUGGGUGAGAGCCAGAAGCCGGUUGGAGUGUGGGCCGAGCGCCGUCUUUGGUGAGUGAAGCGUGAGGGAGCCUUGGGAGCCGAGGACGCCCGACGGGAAAGCAUGGGAUCCUAUAGGACUGCAUAGUCAAAGCAAUGAUCAUAAACUUAGAAAGUCCAGGGAGACUUCGAGUGGAAGUCAGUUAAGGAGGAUUCUUCAGUCACAAUGUCAACUGGCACAGAUGUUUCUCUUUCUUCAUAUGAUGAAGAUCAGGGAUCUAAACUUAUCCGAAAAGCUAGAGAGGCACCAUUUGUUCCCAUUGGAAUGGCGGGGUUUGCAGCAAUCGUCGCAUAUGGAUUAUAUAAAUUAAAGAGCAGGGGAAAUACUAAAAUGUCUGUUCACCUGAUCCACAUGCGUGUGGCAGCCCAAGGCUUUGUUGUGGGAGCAAUGACUCUUGGUAUGGGCUAUUCCAUGUAUAAGGAAUUCUGGGCAAAGCCUAAACCUUAGAAGAAGAGAAGCUGUCUCGGUUUUGUUGGUGGUGCUUGCUUUUUAGUUAGGUAUCUCAUAGUGAGUUUUUGUUUAUGUUGAAAAUAAAUCAUUUGAAUGGGUCAGACAAUAAUAUGGUAAUUUAAAUAUUGGCUUUUUUUCUUGCAGGUUUGAUUUGCCUGGUAACCAAAUUACUUGUGACCAAUUAACUAGCUAGGUCAUUCACGGGAGUCAAAUUAGCACAAAAGAAACAUGUCACUUUUAAAUGUAGUGAUAAAAUAUGCUCCUUCUUAAACUCUUCUGUUAAAAUUAGUUGUAAAGAGGACAGUUUGCCAAUUCUGAAGUACUCCCAAUUGCUGCAGAAUAUCACAUGCUUUUGAUGUCAUAUAGGAAUCCUAUUUAACUUUUUUCUGCCUGUUUUGCAGACUGAGUACUUCAGUUUUUAGGGCUCUUAAUCCUUUCAGAACAGUGCAAAGAAUAUAAGCUUCCCCACAACUGAAAAUAUGUGUAUUUAAACCAAACCCAAAAAGCCGAUAACAGCUGCUUAGAAGUAGUAUUUAUUUCAGAAUCAUACUUGUAAACAUGAGAAUAACUUAACUGUGGAUCCCAGUUUAGCUUUUUUUGUAAUUGCAGUUAUAUUUAUGCUGCUGUUGUAUUAGAAUUUUUAAAUGUCAUCUUGAAAUAGAAAUGUGUAUUUUAAGUACUAAUGCAAAGGUAAAUGAAAAAUACUUUUUAAAUGUUUGAAGUUUGUUUAUUUUCUCUGUAAGAAUCAUAAAUGUUAACAAAUUACCUAUA